AUGGCACUCCUCGCUAUUUUCAAGCAGAUAUGCGCAAACCUCAAGCGUAGACUAUCAUCCCUGAAACCAGGUCAAGACUUGAACGAAACGCAGCCACAGCCACCAUCGGAGCGAGAAUGCAACAUCUGCUGCGAAGUCCAGCCUGACAGCGCUUUUCCUCGCUCCCACCACCUCCCCGAAUCCUGUCGUCCCUGUCUCCUGGGUAGUGGCGGUGGCGGUGGCGAAGACAUCACCGCAGCAGCUAGUGGUCAGAACAAUACGACGACGACCACGGCCACGACCACGACCACCACGACCACGACCAACGCGACCCAACUAAUCUGCAAUGUCUGCCUCGCACGGGCCCUCUACGCACAGAUCGAAUCCAAACAUCCACGACGCAUAGGAUGCCCCGUAUGUCCCCAGAUUUGGAAGCCUGGCAUGACUGUCUAUCAGCUGUUGGGAUAUGGAGAGCAAGGAAAGGACUGGAAGAGGGCGUAUCGAAUGCGGUUGAAGGAGGUCAGUAGUAAGUCGAAGCGGAAGCGAGCAGGGGUGUACGAGCCUCCGGAGGAUCGCAAGACAUUAGAAGUGUUGGUGAAGCAGGAUUCGAGAUUGUGUCCAUACUGCGCAGGUGUCUUUUACCGAGGGAGCGGGUGUGAUUGGAUGCGGUGUGGUUCUUGCUCGCGCUCUUUUGCUCUGGAGAAGGCUGGGACGAUUGCGGAGGCGCAUCGGGAUUGGUUGAGGAAGAAGAAGGCUUCGAAAUCUUGA